AUGUCACAAGAUGAUGACCAACAGAUGUUAAAGAUUCUGGUUGUUGGUGGACCAAGGACUGGAAAGACAAGUAUAAUCAAUAAGUACGCCAAUAAUAGAUGCCCAAAGAAUUAUAAAGUUACAGUUGGUGUAGAUUGCAUUAGUAAAGAGACGGUGGUCAGUGGAAGAAAGGUGGAGUUGUACUUUUGGGAUAUAUCUGGUCAAGAGAGAUACGCUCAUAUGACUAGACACUACUUUGAGAAUGCUCAGGCGGCAUUCAUCGUGUUUGACGUCAGCGAUGAGGAGGUGACGCUGGAGGCGGCCGCCGCGUGGAAGGCGAACGUCGAUCUGUGCUUCCCCGACGCACCCCUGCCCACCAUACUGCUGGCCAACAAGAGCGACAAGAUCCUCGACUUGAAGGACGUGCCCUACAAGCGCUACGAUCAGUUCUGCGAGCAAAACACAAUCAACAAAUGGUUCCUGACGUCGGCCACCAACGGAUCGAAUCUCGACGUGUCAGUCGACGAGCUGGUCAAGCUCAUCUUUGAGAGCGAUCAGUCACUCGCACCAAAGCCACGCGAGGGCUUCAAGCUGACCGAUCCCAGCGCUCAACCACCAUCCUCUGCCACCAAUGAGGUCAAGAAGACAUGUUGCUAA